AUGGCGGCCUUGGGGGUCUUCGGGCGUGCGCUGCAUGUGCUGGGCCAAAGUCCCACCAUGAAGGUGUCUGGUCAAGAAGAUCGACUCUCCGAUUUAACUGUGGACAAGGGUAUAGCUUGGUAUGACUCUACCUGCCCAAUCACGCUAGCGACGCUAGAUCGUUCCUUUUUCAAGCUGGCUUGGUGGGAGGUCUUUGAUUUGAAGGGUUCGGCCCAUCACACGGCGGUGGGCGAUGAGGACGGCUUCCUGCUGUGGCGCCUCGAGAUGGGCCGCUCGGAGCACCCGAAGAAGCGCAGCGGGCGCGCUGCUCGUAGAAACGACCAGCAUCCGAAGGUCAGAAGUGAGAGAUUCCUGAUAGCUGGAAUGCUGCUGGGGGAAGGCUUGAGCUUGCUGGACCUCACCUCCGCACCAGGCUUCUUCGAGCAGCUGCUCCACCGCCCCCUGAAGCCGGGCGACUUCAACCUCCCCGCCGGCCGUGCCGAGGAGACCGCCGUGCUGGGUGCGCCAGUGCGCACGGCAGACCCCAAGCCCACGCGGAUGCCGGUGCCCGAGCGCCUGCACUGUGCCACCGACCCCCAGGGCGUCACUAGCUGGGGGAAGGUGGCCAAUGCGCGGAUGGCGGCCAGGGGGCAUGCGCUGCGCGUGGCCACCGAGAGUUUGCCUGCCGGGGUGCCGUUUCCUUGGAGGCAGCUGGGGUUCCCCUACCAGGUGCCAAAUGAGGUGAGAGAGCCCUUUGUGCCAGGGUGGGCGAGACAGGUGAGGAUGUUGUCCAUCAUCAGCAACCAUGGCGCAUUGGAUCUGGAAAUUCCCGAGUUGCUCCGACAUCUUUUCCCCCAGUGGCUUGAUGUGCGGUUUGUGCUGGGUGGCUCGAGUCAGGGGAAGAUUUGCGAGAAGACCGACGCAAGGAAGGCUCCACCGUGGUCGACGCCCUCUGAUGGAAUCUACCUCCGGGAGCGUUUCCCAACAGUGCCUCUGGUGCUCUACUUCGGGCCGCCAGUGAUGCUCGUGGUGGCUGAGGACCUGGCUUUAGGCCGUCACAAGCUGGUGGAGACCUUCUGGCACCACGUGCGGCGCUUGACGCGACAGGCAGUCACGGGCGAGGUCUUCAUUGCGGCGGAGUCUCUGUUUCGGGCCGAGCAGUUCUUCUGGCAGACAGGGGCGGAGGUGCCUUUCCUCCGUCCCAUGUCCACCUGGGUGAAUUGCAGCUACGCCCCGCGUGGCGCCACGCGAGGGGAAGCAGAGGUGCUGGUGCACAACCGGGGGCGCCUCAAGUAUGAGAGUGCUUUCCUUGAGUCUCUGCGGCUGAUGCCAGGGCCCAAGUUCCCCUACCGCAUUGUGCCGCAAGAGGGGCGUAUCAUCCCCUUCUCCGAGUUGGCGGGCUACCACGCGGUGGUCAUUGUGCCAUGGUCGCCUGAGCUUUGCAUGCUGAGGCAUCUCUUCAAGAUGCGAAUGCCCUUGCUCGUUCCGCAGCUCUCCUUGCUCCGGAACCUGGUGCAUGUGGCCAACAUGCGGCUCAUGCCGCAACCUGGUCUUGAUGAUUGGAGGAUGCGACCGAUCGGACACUGCGGAGGGAUGCAGGUGUAUGGGUUGAGGAAGGAUCUCAAAGACGUGCCCCUGGCGGUCCGGCCUCCUUGCAUUGGUGGGGGAAAGGUAUCCCUACAACGCCUACGACCCCUGGAGCGACCGCGCGCACGUGGCCGCCGUGCACCCCUUCGACCCCUUCGAGGACACCGUCCUGGCGCCCUCCAACGUGCGGGGCAUCCAGGCGCGUGCCUACUGGGCGGAGUACUCGGAGUACCUCCUCGUGCCUGAGCUCUUGCGCUUCAGCAGCGGCGCGGAUCUCCUGGCGCAGCUGAACGCCAUGGAGGGCCGCAAGGUCUCGGCGCGCAUGGGCGCAGCCUACCGGAACGACCUGAAAGAGACUGAAUGCCGGGCUUUGGUUUCAAGUCGCCUCCAGCAUCCCCCAGCACUGUCUUUUUGU